CUAACAUUGAAAAUGAAGUUCUCCAUCGCUGCUAUCACUGGCUUCGUCAGCGCCAUCAGCGCCGCCACCGUUCCCUCGGCCUUCACUCUGGUUGCUGAGGGCGGCAAGACCGUUCUGACCGAUGGCCAGUACGCUUUCGUCGGUGCCAACACCACUGACCACGAGAUCCUGAUCCUCCGUGGCGGCAGCCCCAACGGUCUCGUCUCCUUUACCUCCAAGGACGGUGUCCCCACCGCUUUCCAGAACCUCUACAUCGUUGAGGACUCUGUUUCUCCCCUCGGCCUGACUCUUCCCCACUCCGGUGCCGUUCCCCAGGGUGGCAACACCACCGGCUUCGGUGUUAACGACAAGGGCCUCUUCACUCACGGUGGCAAGGCUUGGUUCGCUGUUGACGGCUACGGCCAGAACCCCGUUCAGCAGAUCUACUGGUACGGUGCUCACAACGCCGAGUACCGCUCCGAGCAGCUCUACGUUAAGGAGCUCAAGAACUACUCCACUUAAAUAAGGGCUGAGCAAUGCUAGCUUGAGCUAACGAGGGCUUUGGUGAAAGUUCCAUGUUUGUUUUGAUGACGUCUCUGUGAUAAGAGGCUUCUUUCGCUCCUUCAUGUUUAUUGCAAUUGCACAUACAUGUAUCAUAUACCAAUACUAGCGACACCGAACCUGCAGAGUUCCAG